GCGACUCUAGAUAAGAAGCCGACCGCGCUCUUUGAAACCAGAGCCUCUUUCUUCGUGUGUCCUUUAGCUUCGUUCCGAGUUCUAGUGCGCUUUGCCGUGUAUUGCUGUAUAAACUGAAACGCUUUUCUCUUUUGGACUGUGCAUUGAAUUGUGAAAUACAUUGAUAGAGACUCAUACGCAGCGGAAAAGUUUCCAUAGCGAUUUUCUUCGGUAAGAUGCCUGCACAAUCUGAUACUGUCAACGGUCCCGCGAUGCAGGAAUCCACUCGUGGAAAUGGAAUACCGUAUUCCAUCAAUGGUGAUAUCGUCAUUACGGGUAUAUCAGGCCGCCUGCCUAGAUCGUCUAAUAUUGAGGAAUUUAAAGAGAAUUUAAUGAAAGGAAUGGACAUGGUCUCUGAUGACGAAUGUCGUUGGUCAGCAGAUAUGCACGAGUCAUUACCCAGAUAUGGCAAAAUCAAGGACCUCAGUAGCUUUGACGCCUCAUUUUUCGGAAUACCACCUAAGCUGGCAAACAUAAUGGACCCACAAGCACGUAUACUGUUAGAAAUCACGUACGAGGCGAUAGUUGAUGCUGGUGUCAACCCUUCAACCGUAAGAGGAUCACGUACCGGGGUGUUUAUAGGUGUCAGUAGGUCGGACACGGAUGAGGUUUUGGUGAGAAAUACGGAUGCCAUAAAUGGAUACGACUUGCUCGGAAAUGCAAAAACGAUGCUUGCCAACAGAGUCUCCUUCUGUUUUGACUUUAAUGGACCUAGUUGCACGGUGGACACUGCUUGUUCAUCGGACUUGUACGCCCUGCAUCAAGCAGUUACCGCAAUACGCAUGGGUGAGUGCGAUGCUGCGAUCGUCGGUGGUAUGAAUCUUGUUUUAUUACCACAGAGAUCACUUCAACUUUACAAACUGACUGUGAUGUCCGAGGAAGGCAAGUGCAAAUCGUUCGAUGCUUCGGCUAAUGGCUACGUAAGGGCCGAGGCGGUAAUGGCGAUAUAUUUGCAAAAGGCGAAGGAUGCACGCAGAGUAUACGCCACGGUGAUUCGCACGAAAACAGGCAUUGACGGCAACAAGUCCGAGGGUAUCACAUAUCCCAGUGGUGAAAUGCAGAAUCGAUUGAUGCGUGAAAUUUACAGCGAGGCGGGAAUUAAUCCUAUAGACGUUAGUUACAUAGAGACCCAUGGUACCGGUACUAUAGCAGGUGAUCCAGAGGAAGCCAAUUCCAUCGACAAAUUGUUCUGUAAAGGUAGGAAGAGUCCUUUGCUGAUAGGCUCGGUGAAAUCCAAUAUGGGUCAUUCGGAACCGGCAAGUGGACUAUGCUCCAUCGCCAAAGUGCUGAUCGCGAUGGAAUCGGGCGUGAUACCCGCGAAUUUGCACUUUAAAACUCCGAAUCCGAAUAUUCCUGGCUUAAACGAGGGACGGAUUCGAGUUGUCGACAAGGCUACAUCGUGGAACGGUGGUCUCGUGGGUAUUAACUCAUUUGGUUUCGGCGGCACCAAUGCACACGUUAUUCUACGCAGCAAUCCAAACCCAAAACAGUCAUCAUCAAUGAACGCCGAACUAUUGCCCAAAUUAGUCGCUGUAUCAGGUCGAACGGAAGAAGCUGUGCAUAUGUUACUGAAUAAAGCGAAAGAGCACUGUAAAGAUAACGAGUUUCUAUCGUUAUUACACAUAAUGCACAAUAACGACAUCCCUGGUCACAAGAUUCGCGGGUACGAGAUACUCAGCGUCGAUGGUACACAUGAAAUGACCGAAGUAGCGGGCUAUGACAAAGGGCGUCCAAUUUGGUUCAUAUUUUCCGGUAUGGGUUCGCAAUGGCCAGGCAUGGCUCGUCAAUUGUUCAGCAUUGAAACUUUCCAACGUAGUUUGCGGCGAUGCGCGGAUGCUUUGGCACUCUACGACGUCGACCUCAUGAAUAUCAUCAUGAACGCAACAGACGAAACAUUUGAGAAUGUGAUGAAUUCCUUCAUGUCUAUCGCGGCUAUACAGGUCGCUCUCGUGGAUGUUUUAACGUUGAUAGGCAUACAUCCGGACGGCGUAGUCGGACACUCCAUUGGAGAAUUGGGUUGUGCUUAUGCCGACGGGGCAUUUACACUGGAACAGACUGUCUUAACCGCUUAUUGCAGAGGCAAGGCACUAUUAGAAUCUAAGCUGAAACCAGGUGCAAUGGCGGCAGUUGGUUUGAGCUGGGAGGAGGCCAAAAAAAUGUGCCCCCCCGAUAUCACACCGGCUUGUAACAACUCCGCCGACUUAGUUACAAUUUCCGGUCCGGCUGAUUCUAUACACAAGUUCGUACAAAUACUGAAGAGUAAGGAUAUCUUCGUUAAAAUGGUAAACAGUUCCGGCUACGCCCUCCACACCAAAUACAUCGCACCAGCAGGGCCUAAGCUACACGCUUUGCUCGAGAAAAUCAUACCAAGUCCCAAGCAGAGGUCGGCUAAAUGGAUCUCUACCUCCGUACCAGAAUCCGCAUGGGAUAGUCCGCUAGCGCAGCUCAACUCCGCCGAGUAUUGUGUAAACAAUAUGAUGUCACCUGUGCUCUUCAAAGAGGCGAUCGCUCAUAUCCCAGAAAAUGCGAUAACGAUCGAGAUCGCACCGCACGGUUUGCUACAGACAAUCUUACGCAGAUCAUUACCACCAACGGUGACCAAUAUUAGCCUUCACAAUCGGGAUCAUUUGGACAAUCUUGCCUUCCUGCUGUCUAACGUGGGAAAGUUAUACAUGGCCGGUGCGCAACCUAACAUUGCCAAAUUGUAUCCGCCGAUUAGUUUCCCCGUCGGUCGCGGAACACCAAUGAUCGGGUCCUUGGUCAGGUGGGAUCACUCCGUCCCGUGGGAUGUGCCUGAUUUCAAACAGACAUCAGACCAGUCGGGAGAAUGUAUUGUCCAAAUAGACCUGUCGAAAGAAAUGGAUACGUAUCUAGCAGGACAUCAGAUAGACGGACGAGUACUUUUUCCAGUUGCUGGUUAUAUUUUAAUGGUGUGGAAAACUUUGGCAAAACAGCACGGAUGCAAUUUUGAACGAUUGCCAGUGGUAUUCGAAAAAUUGCGGUUUUAUCGGCCCAACAUUAUCCCGAAGGAAGGACCGGUGAAAUUCUCGAUAACUCUUUUCAAAGGAUCGGGCGAUUUCGAGAUUUGUGAGAACGAUACGAUCGUCGCCAGCGGAAAUGUUCGCGUGUCCGAAGGUAUCGACAAAGAUCACCUGAACUUACCACCUUCAGUUUCGCCUCGAAAUCAAGAGACUGUGCUGUUAAAUACCAAGGACAUUUACAAGAAACUAAGAUUGUGCGGAUACGAUUAUUGCGAUAUCUUCCAAGGAAUCAAAUCUUGCGAUAACGAUGGCAUUACCGGCGAACUAUACUGGUUCAAUCAAUGGGUUCCGUACAUAGACAGCAUGUUUCAGUUAAAUGUGUUGUUUACCAGCCACAACCUAUUGUAUUUACCGUCGCAUAUUCAGUAUAUAGCAAUCGAUCCUGUUCUUCAUAAACAACUGGUUGAAAACUUACCAGAAAACGGUGGAUUGCCAGUGUACCGCUACAAAGACAUCAAUAUUGUCAAAUCGGGUGGUAUUGAGCUCAGAAAAAUAAAAUAUUCGUUGGCGCCUCGGCGACAAAGUCAUGCUAAUCUUAAUUACGAGCGGUAUACUUUCAUAUCAUAUGAAAGUUCGCACAGUUCAGUGGAGGAUGCAACGAGGGGAAGGGUGGAUGCGCUAACUGUACUCUUGCAGAUUGUGUAUGAAAACACAAUGACGUUGAGACUGAAGACCAUGGAAGUUGCAGGCGAACGAGAUGCAGAAGUUCUCUUAGCGCCGCUUAUUUUCAAAAUUUCCGAUAACCAAUUGGGCUCGCCUAUCGGCGGUUUUGAGGCGGGGGAAGAGGAAAAAGUCUGGUGGGGCAACGUCGGGACUGUAGGGUGGCUGAGGCAGGGUUGUGAUGUUGUGUUGGGCCAGGUACGUCGCCACACAGCCUUCCGCGUGGCGACGUACCUGGCCCAACACAACAUCGCAACCCUGCCUCAGCCACCCUACAGUCCCGACGUUGCCCCACCAGACUUUUUCCUCUUCCCCCGCCUCAAAACCGCCCUGAAAGGACACCAUCACGGCUCGGUGGAAGCGUUACAACAGGCCGUGACGAGGGAGCUUAACAGCAUUCCGGGUGUCGCAUUCCAGGAAGCGUAUGAGAGCUGGAAAUCCCGCUGCCAGCG